AUGUGGAAACAUUACAAAUUUGAUCCUCAUUCAAUUAAUUUAUCAUGCCAUACAGAUGAAACGUUCAAUAAUUUUGAUAUAUUGUUACAUUCCGAAUGGGAUCGUGCUCUUGCACAAGGUUAUUUUUCUUAUAAAAUGGAUCAUCAUAUAAAAAAACGAAUACUUGACGGUGAUCUUAAUUAUGUAGUCGAAAUUCUUUUUUCUUUAGAUGAUGAACAACAAACUGAUAAACAUUUAGUAAUUAUUAAUAAUUCACCUAUUCGUUUGUAUCAGGUAUUACUUGUACCAAAUCGUCAACUUGAACAACCACAAAUUUUAACGGUUGAUUGUCUUUUAUUUGGACUUCGUUUUGUUACUUCAAGUGCCUAUCCAUUUAUCUAUAUUGGUUUUAAUUCCCUUUGUGGAUAUGCAUCAGUUAAUCAUCUUCAUCUUCAUGGAAUCUAUAUGCCUAAUCGUUUAUUUACUCAAACAAUUAAAUGUUCUCCGUUUCAUAUUAAAUCAAAUUGUUAUCUUUUCGAUUUAUUUGAUGUACAAGGAUUUGCUUUCGAGGUAAAACAUGCUGAUGAAUUUGAUAGAAUUGCUCGACAUAUUCAUACAGUAACAAAUUAUCUUGUUUCAUCUGACAUUGCACAUAAUAUGGCGAUAAUGAAAGGUGAUUCAUUUUCAUCAUCAUCAUUAGAACCAGUUAUACGUAUAUUUGUUUGGUUUCGUCAAUCGAAUAAAGGAGCGAAAACAUUUAAUCAAUGGAAUAUUGGUUGUCUAGAACUUUCAGGUUAUACGUUUCUUCAAUAUGAAGAAGUAUUUAAUGAUGCAACUGAAUUGAAAUUACGUCAAUCUAUCAAUGAAAUAGCUUUAUCAUCAGAAGAACAAGAGAAGAUAAAAGAGGAUGUAAAAAAAUUAUUAGAUCACUAG